AUGAGUAAGGUCGCCUUGGUUUGUCAAGCCGCGAGGUUCCUGGGCCAAGUCCUCCGCCAUGUCCCAAAUGAGUCGGUAUUCCAUGAUGAUAGCUGGGUACAUUUAGAUCGGUCCCUGCAGUCGAUUCUAGCCGCUUGUCUCGAUGUCGACAGCCCGCAUUAUGACCAAUUUACCUUUUUCGCUCUGGUUGCACUGCAUGCGCCCUGGCUUUUCUCGGAUGGCACCGAUGCAGCUCACACAGACCGGGCUUGGUGUGCCAAGGGCAUCGUUGAGAUCACCGACUUGGUGGAACGGCAAUGCUUUUUCGGUCGCGACCCAGCAGACAUGUCACCUUGGGAGCUUUUUUCGCAUAUCUAA